AUGUUGAGAAGACAUGCCAUUAUUACAAAAAGAAUGGGGCAUAUUAGAGUUGAUUGGUUUGCCUUGAAAAAUAGAAAUAAAGCUGCUAGUGCUAUGGAGAAUGGGAAACAACAUGGUAAUACAGCGAAUGCUGAUGUUGUGGAGGAUAAGCAAAGUGGUGGAGAACUUAUUGUGAUUUCUAACGGAGAUACUAAAUCUAGUGAUGAAUAUGUUCUUGACUCGACUUUUAGAAUCAGGAUGUUCGAUGGAGUUGUCAGAACACUUACAGAUGUAAGAUAUGUCUCAGAACUGAAGUUGAAUCUCAUAUCUUUGAGUACACUUGACUCAAAGAACUGCAGAUACAUCGGUAAAGGUGGAGUUUUGAAGCCGUUUCUACUUUUUCUUUGA